AUGGUGGAAGGAGGUGUUAUGAAGCCAGACAAGACAGAGUUUACAGAAUGUUGGAGGACGAGUUGGAAGACUCCAUACAUCAUGAGGCUUGCUCUCUCUGCUGGAAUCGGCGGCUUGCUCUUUGGUUAUGACACAGGGGUUAUCUCUGGUGCUCUACUCUACAUGCGAGAGGAUUUUGAAUCCAUCGACAAGAAGACAUGGCUACAAGAGACCAUUGUGAGCAUGGCCGUGGCUGGAGCCAUAGUGGGAGCAGCACUAGGAGGCUUCCUAAGCGAUAGCUUGGGGAGGAGGAAAUCGAUCCUCGGAGCCGACAUUGUCUUCUUCGUUGGAGCCAUAGUCAUGGCGGCGGCUCCAAACCCGUGGAUCAUAAUAAUUGGAAGACUCCUCGUAGGUCUAGGAGUAGGGAUGGCCUCCAUGACUGCUCCUCUCUACAUCUCCGAAGCUUCCCCUGCUCGAAUUCGAGGAGCACUCGUCAGCACAAAUGGUCUGCUUAUCACUGGAGGGCAGUUCAUGGCCUACUUGAUCAAUCUAGCCUUCACCAAGGCUCCUGGGACUUGGAGGUGGAUGCUUGGAGUUGCUGGGCUGCCUGCUUUGAUUCAGUUUGUGCUGAUGAUGUCCCUCCCUGAGUCUCCUAGAUGGCUCUACAGCAGGAACAAAGUUGACGAGGCCAAAUCGAUCCUAGAGAAGAUCUACUCACCAGAGGAAGUGGAAGCCGAGAUGGCCCUUCUCAAGGCCUCCAUUGAAUCCGAAAAAGCCGACGAGGCAGCCAUUGGCGAGACAAUGCUGUCCAAGCUCAAGAACGCCUUCAAGAACCCGGUGGUCCGACGUGGCCUCUACGCCGGUAUCACGGUCCAAGUGGCCCAACAAUUCGUCGGGAUCAACACGGUCAUGUACUACUCUCCGACCAUCGUCCAAUUUGCCGGAUUCGCUUCCAAAUCCGUCGCCCUGUCUCUGUCCCUCAUCACGGCCGGGCUCAAUGCAUUCGGAUCCAUAGUGAGCAUGCUGUUUGUGGACCGUUAUGGAAGGAAGAGGCUCAUGAUUUUUUCCAUGGCAGGGAUCAUAUUUUUCCUGAUUUUCUUAUCCGUGGUUUUCAUUGAAGCUUCUUCUCAUGCUCCGAAAGUUGGUUCGAUUGAAUCGGUCCACUUCGGGGCGAAUUCGACGUGUUCGGCUUAUGCCGGGGCGACGAAGAGUGCUGCCGACGGGAAAUGGAGCUGCAUGACUUGCUUGAAGGCCAAAUGUGGCUUCUGCUCCAACAAGGCUAGUGAGUACCAGCCCGGUGCGUGCCUGGUGGUCUCAAAGCCGAAUCGAGACCUCUGCCACGGCGAGGAUCGGGUGUUCUUCGAGCAAGGUUGUCCCAGCAAGUUCGGGAUCCUCGCGGUGGUCUUCCUCGGCCUCUACAUUGUCUCGUACUCCCCCGGUAUGGGGACAGUGCCGUGGAUCGUCAACUCUGAGAUUUACCCGCUCAAGUACAGAGGAGUCGGCGGAGGGAUCGCCGCGGUGGCCAACUGGGUCUCCAACUUGAUCGUCAGCGAGUCCUACUUGACUCUCACAGAGCAUCUUGGCCCCGGCGGGACGUUCUUCUUGUUCGCCGGAGUUUCCACCCUUUCCCUCUGUUUGAUCAUCUGGUUUGUGCCGGAGACCAAAGGGCUGCCGUUUGAGGAGGUGGAGAAGAUGCUCGCGGAGGGUUACCGGCCUUGCGGCCGACGGAAGGGGAAGGGAGAGAAGGUCGGGAAGGUGAAUGGUGAUGAUAAUGCGGCGUGA